AUGUCACCCUCUAGCAGAAUCCGCAGUAUCCAGAAAAAGAUGACCGCCUUCGAGGCCAAACACAAGGCUUAUGAGGACCGCUUUGAGGCGCUAAACACGUCGAUGGCUGGUCGUGAGCGGAGUAGAUCGGAUAGGGAGAAAGCUAUAGGGCUGAAGGAAAAGAUGAACAUGGUCAGGAAUGAGAUUACUGGUUGUGAGCAUGCGAUUAUGGCGAUUAGGGAAGAGAUUGCCAGGAUUAUAUGGAGUUGA